AUGGGAGGAGCAUCUGAACUGGACCUCAACUCCUCUGCUUGGCUCCGCCCCUGCAUUAACGCCUCCUGUCAGCCUCCAAUCAGAGCAGCGUGUCCUUACAGCACUGCCCAGCUGAUCUUCGUCAUCAUGGUAACCGCCUCCCUCAGCAUCAUCACCGUGCUGGGCAACACGCUGGUCAUCCUGUCCAUCAAAGUGAACCGCCACCUGCGCACCAUCAACAACUACUUCCUGUUGAGCCUGGCGGCGGCUGACCUGCUUGUGGGCCUUCUGUCCAUGAACCUGUACACGCUGUACCUGCUGGGGGGCCGCUGGCCCCUGGGGGCCACACUGUGUGACAUGUGGCUGGUCCUGGACCAUGUGGUGAGCAGCGCCUCCAUCAUGAACCUGCUCCUCAUCAGUCUGGACCGCUUUUUUUGCAUGACGCGGCCACUCAGCUACCCGGCGCGGCGGACGGGAGGGAUGGCAGGGCUGAUGAUUGGGGGGGCGUGGCUGCUGUCCCUUGUCCUCUGGGCCCCCGCCAUCAUCACCUGGCAGAGUGCCGGGGGCAGACGGGUCGUCCCUGAAGGAGAGUGUUACACCCAGCUGCUGGUCAGUCCUGCCGUCACUCUGGCGACGACGCUUCCCUCCUUCUACCUGCCGGCGGUCAUCAUGGUCGUCCUGUACGGCCGCCUGUCCGCCGCCAGCCGCAGCCGCCUGAGCGCGUUGCGGUCUGAGCGGGGGAUGCUCAGGACGUCCAGUCCCUCCGUUAAAGACUUCCUGCUGAGGCGACGCAGCUGGGUGGCCAGUGACCCCGCCUCAGACCUGUCUCUGAACCAAUCAGAGUCCAGCACCUCAAGGACCAGAAAGAACCGGAGAGCGUCCAGAAGUCCUGGAGACGCGUCAGACGUCUGUCCGUCUCCUCAGCCGUGUCUCACUCAGACCGCCGCCUGCCGCAUCACAGAAGAAGACUACAACAAGAUGGAGAACGAGUCCUCGUCCACCGCCGACCUCCACAGGAUGGCCUCGGCGGCGCUCUCCUGUCCCAGCUUCAGGUUGGAGGACAGGAGGAGACGGCGAGUGAUGGCGAGGGAGAGGAGGGUCACCAAGACCAUCCUGGCCAUCCUGCUGGCCUUCAUCCUCACCUGGACGCCCUACAACAUCAUGGCAGUGGUCGCGGCUUUCUGUCACGUGUGUGUCCCACAGAGUCUGUGGACCACAGGUUACUGGCUCUGCUACGUCAACAGCACCAUCAACCCCGCCUGCUACGCCCUGUGCAGCGUCACCUUCAGGAAAACCUUCUGCCGCCUGCUGCGCUGCUGCCGGUGA